UGAAUCCCAAUUAUUCCAUGUGAUUGUGUUGAUUAUUCAAAACAAACUUAUGAAAAGUUGAAUAAAAUCUACAUAAUGUCGCAAGAAAACGACGGAAAAGAAUUUGCCGAAUUAGGUGUAAAACCCUGGCUUAUAAAGCAGUUGGCGACUUUAGGUAUCAAAACUCCAACGCCUAUACAAAAGGGAUGCAUUUCAAAAAUUCUAGAUGGUCAUGAUUGUAUCGGAGCAGCUAAAACGGGAUCCGGAAAGACUUUUGCCUUUGCACUGCCUAUUUUGCAACACUUGGCUGAAGAUCCAUAUGGGAUUUUUGCACUAAUAUUGACUCCAACUCAUGAAUUAGCUUAUCAGAUAGCCGAUCAAUUUCAAAUACUAGGCCAGCCAUUACAACUAAGAGUAUGUAUAGUGACAGGUGGAUCUGACCAAUUAGAAGAGUCACUGAAACUGGCCAAACGGCCACAUAUAGUCGUGGCCAUGCCUGGCCGAUUGGCCGACCAUAUAACAGGCUGUGAUACAUUCUCAUUGAAGAAGAUUAAGUAUUUGGUGUUGGAUGAAGCUGAUCGGUUGUUCAGUGAAUCAUUUGAAGAAGAUUUAAAAACAAUAUUUAGUGCAUUAUCUCCAAACAGACAGAACUUGUUGUUCUCCGCCACAAUAACUGAUGAUGUAAAGGAAUCUAAGAUAUUGCCACUUAAUAAAGAGAAUCUACUAACAUGGUCAGAACAAGACGGUCAAGUGACAGUGACCACACUCGACCAACGCUACGUAGUGUGUCCCGCGUAUGCGCGGGAUGUGUACCUCGUGCAGACGCUGCGCAAGUACAGGGAGGGGAGACCGAGCUCGCAUGUCAUUGUGUUCACGGAUACUAAGAAAGAGUGCCAAGUCCUCUCAAUGAUGCUAAACGCAAUUGGUAUGGACAACGUCUGUCUGCACGGGUUCAUGCGGCAGAAGGAACGAGUGUCCGCCCUCACGCAGUUCAGGAGUAACUUGAAGUGUACACUCAUAGCUACUAAUGUGGCUGCUAGAGGCUUGGAUAUACCCACUGUGGAUCUAGUUGUUAAUCACAAGCUGCCGUUGGAAUCUAAGGAGUAUAUUCAUAGAGUUGGACGUACAGCGCGUGCAGGUAGGAGUGGGAUGGCGAUAUCAAUCAUCACUCCCUAUGAUAUACUACGACUCGGAGAAAUUGAAGAAAAAAUUAAUACUAAAUUGACAGAGUAUAAAAUUGACGACGAAGAAGCGGUCAAAGUGUUCACAACAGUGAGUGUAACUCGCCGUGAGCAAGAGGCGCAACUCGAUAACGAAGAGUUCGAGGUGCGCAAGCGCAACUAUAGGCACAAGCGGUGGAUAUUAGCGGGGGUGGACCCGGAUGAAAUGGAAUCUGGAUUGGAAGAAAUGCGCCACAAACGUAUCAAAGCGGCGAAAAAAGCUAAACUAGCAAAAAUAAAAGAAAUCCAAGCACAAAUUAAAAAUGAUGAAAUGAAACAGAAUGAUAGCGAUCGCCUACAACAGAAUGAGAUGGAAGAUAUUGACAAAACUAUUAAAGAUGGACUCAGGAAAGUCAAUAAGACUCUAAUGAAAAAGGACGAUAGAUUUAAAAAUGUUAUUGGGAAAAUAAGUAAGAUUAAAAGGAAAGCAGAGAACAUUAAACAGAAGACAGGAGAAGAAAAGACUUCUAAGAAGAAGAAAAAAGUUGUUAAAUAAACGCUUUGUUAUAUGUGA